GGAACUGAAUGAUUAUCACGAAUUAGUGCAAGAUAACGUCCGUUACGAAUAUGACGUCCUGAAGACACCUGUCGCUGCUCCUCUUCCACAUGCACGCGAUUUGCACGGUGUCUCCGUUUUGUGCAGUUCACCUAAGGAGAGACACGAGGGAGCGAGAAAGACAGUUACAGAGACAGAGGGUGAAUGACAGGAGAUCUUGCUACUAUAAUACAGUGCCUGACGUCGCUUUUACAGUCCUUUCAGUGAUUAGAGAAACAUUAAUAAAUAGGGAAUCUAGACUCAAUUAAUUAUUAUUAAAGUAGACUCCAUCUUUAUGACAGGCAGUUUUAGCAACAAAAUUAUGAGCUUGGAGCGGAAAAACUGCGGUUUGUUGUCAAUUACCCCAUAUUAGUUACAGGAGGGUACACUGGGCUUCUAAUUCUGAUUGUGCAAGAACUCGCUUGAUAGAGGGACGGAAGGACAAAGGGAAAACGAACUACGAGUGAACAGGGUAUGGAGAUACCUGGGAACUCAGGUUAAUUAAGUAACUUACGUCAAUAUUUCCGUUAUAGGCUACAUCAUACAAAUGAAAAGGGAAUAGUCGUUAAACAUCGGGAAAGAGAAGCUGCUUUCAGAGCAUAACCUGGCAUUGGAGCAGCAUUUCUACUGGGAGCAGCUCCCUAGGGAGAGCAAGAGAACGAGUUGGGAAAUUUGGAAAACACUCGUCGGGAUGUACUUGUGGUAGAUCCCCGAUCUACACAGCCCUGAUUCGGUCUGGAGCGGGAUACGUUCAUGGAUUUUUCGAAGGAGACUCGCUAGGAUGGACGUGGUUGAUGAAACAGAAGCCUUGCAGAGAUUUUUUGAAGGUCAUGAUAUUAACAGCUCCUUAGAGCCAGCCAACAUUGACACCAGUAUCCUGGAGGAGUACAUCCAGAAGGAAGACGACAGCGCUGACAUCUGUUUCUCGGAGGUACACAGUGCCCCCGGCCCCAGCUACUCCUCUCCUCAGGUGGGGGUGUCCUCCGGGGGGGUGGUGUGUGGUGUGAGCCCCCCCAUCCCCCUCCGUCAGGGGGCCCAGCCAUCGCUCCCACCUCCCUGCCAGGGGCCCUACCCACCUCCACCCCCCCUGGGGCUCCUGAGGCACAGCUACACCUGCCUGGGACCACAGCAGCAGAACCCCCACGUCAAGACCGAGCACUCCUCCCACUACGCCCCCGGGACGCUACCUGAGUCCCCCCCAGACUCCAGCUCGGAACCCUACUCCCCCCAGCAAGUGAAUGACUCUCACCUUCUCAGGACAAUGACGCCUGAGAACAUGUGUCACAUGACCCCUCCGCCGCCCCCUCCCCCGCACGCCCAUUACCCCGCCAUGCAGCGGGACAUGUACCUGAAGCCGGAGCCCAUGAUAUCGCAGUACCCCAUUGGCCCGGCCAUGGGCGGGGGCGGGGCCGGGGACAUGCAGCAGACCCAGAUGCUUCACCAGCUGCUACAACAUCCCCAAGGGCAAGAUGGUAUUCCAGUCCACCAGGCGAAAAAGAGGAAGCAUUCAGACUCUCCGCCCACCACUCUGAAUGCACAGAUCCUUUCUGGUAUCAUCAAACAAGAGCCAGGUUUGAUGCAGGAUGCAGAGAACUCUUAUCUGGACCCCAAUUACCAGUGCAUAAAAUGGCAGCCCCACCAGCAGAACAAGUGGACUCCAUUGUAUGAUGUCAACUGUAAAGAGCUCCCGAUGCCCACCUACCGAGUGGAUGCUGACAAGGGCUUUAACUUCUCAGUGCCGGACGACGCCUUCGUGUGCCAGAAGAAGAACCACUUCCAGGUGACGGUGUACAUCGGCAUGCUGGGAGACCCAAAGUAUGUCAAGACCAGUGAGGGGCUGCAGCCCAUUGACUGCUUCUACCUCAAACUUAAUGGAGUCAAGCUUGAAGCCAUGAACCAGUCCAUAAACGUGGAGCAGUCCCAGUCUGACCGCAGCAAGAGGCCCUUCAAACCGGUGCUGGUGACUGUGCCCCCGGACCAGGUGACCAAGGUGACAGUGGGGCGGCUGCACUUCAGUGAGACUACAGCCAACAACAUGAGGAAGAAGGGCAAGCCCAACCCAGACCAGAGGUACUUCAUGUUGGUGGUGGCUCUGCAGGCACAGUCCCACAGUCAGAGCUUCACUGUGGCCGCUCAGGUGUCCGAGAGGAUCAUCGUCAGGGUAACCUCUGCAUCAAACCCGGGUCAAUUUGAGAGUGACAGCGACGUGCUGUGGCAACGGGGUCAGCUGCCGGACUCUGUGUAUCAUCACGGCCGGGUGGGCAUCAACACUGACCGUCCCGACGAAGCGAUGGUCAUCCACGGCAACCUCAAGGUCAUGGGUUCCCUAGUGCACCCCUCCGACAUUCGCACCAAGGAGAAUGUCCAGGAGGUUGACACCACAGACAAUUUGAAGCGGAUCUCUCAGAUGCGACUGGUGCAUUACCAGUACAAGCCUGAGUUUGCAGCCACUGUGGGCAUUGAGACCACAGCUGAGACAGGAGUGAUCGCCCAGGAGGUUCAGCAGAUUCUCCCAGAAGCAGUGAAGGAAGGAGGCGAUGUGGUGUGUGCCAAUGGAGAGACCAUCCCCAACCUGCUGGUGGUCAACAAGGACCGCAUCUUCAUGGAGAACGUGGGCGCGGUGAAGGAGCUGUGCAAGCUAACCGACAACCUGGAGACGCGCAUCGACGAGCUGGAGCGCUGGAGCCGCAAGCUGGCCAAACUGCGCCGGCUGGACAGCAUGAAGAGCACAGUGAGCGGGGGCACCGUCAGCCAAUCAGGAAGUCAGUUCAGCCGUACAGGAAGUGGUCCACACAAAAAAAGGCCAGUCAAAUCUGGGAGCAAGAGCCCCUCGCCAGAGCACGGCUGCAUCAGCCGCAGGUUCCUACAGGGCACCAUCCUCGCCCUCGUCAUCAUCAUGGCCUUCAGCGUUAUCUCGAUGUCUGUACUCUAUGUGUUGACUCUGCAUCACCGUGGUGAUGUCACGGAGACAAACGGCCCUGCGUCUCACUGCGCUCUUUUAGUGUCCUGGACUCCCAUCCUCACUGCCACUGUCAUCUUCUGUCCGUCUGUCUGUCCGUGGUCCAUUUCAGGAUUGGGUUCAUCUCGAAAGGCCACUUACAACCCCAGGCACACCACCCCACCACCACAAGCUGCAGAUUCGACUUCUCCCUCCCUGCCGAAUCAUGUGGCUUGCUGCGGGUCCACAACUGCCACAAGUAACCAAUCAGACGAUGGUCAGUUGCAAACCAUCAACCAGCCCACAUCAGGUGUCAGCAGUCCUGUCCCCACGCCGGGCAGCUCCAAUAAGAAAGCAAAGUCCCGCCUGUUCGAAAAGGAAGGUCGCUAUAGGAACCGGCUCAGCCACACCUCCUCUCCCACGUACCUGACCAAGGACAAGAGGUUCCCGCCCGUGGAAAUGGAGGACAUGGGCGUCAGCAACUUUUUGCCGGGCGCGCAACAGCACCUUCCCCGCCGACAGCGCAGCGCCACUGCUGAGGGCCAGAGCCCCACCCCCUCGCUGAUAGGGCUGCGAAUCCUGGAGACCGACCAACCAAUCAUAACACAGUAUUGUCCAUCUCCUGACAGCUGCAGAGCGGGGGUCUACAGCUACGCUGCAGCUCUCCAUGGAAACACCAGUGUUCCUUCACACAUCACCCUGCAGAUGAGUUCCAACAUCAGUGUGCUGGUGUUGCGGUGUAGUGUCACCAGGGGGCGGCCAUGUCACAACCACGUCGAGACCGAGCAGAACAGCGAGAAGACCGCCUUCACAAAGGGGACAGAGCAUUUGUGGACUGUGCCGGUGCAGUCGUUCCAGGAAAUCGCCUAUCACUUCCGCGUGGCUCUGUCUAGGGAAAUAAGCUGUGCUGGUGAGGAAGGUGAGAAAAGGACUGGCCCAUACUCCGAUUACCACUUCCUGUUCCAGAGCAGCUGUGAAUGAGACCAGCAUUUGUGUACAUAGAGGGUUGGUGUUUGCCAGUGCAUUGUGGGAGUGAAACAGUGCACAUUGUAUCUCCUGUCUUCAUGCACUUAAGAGCACUUCCUGUAUUUCUUGUCUCUCUGACUCCUCCCCAUCCCAGUUUGAACAGGGGAUCGAAUGACCUACAGUAUGUUAAAUGUUUUAACUCUUCUAUUUUUGGUUUGUUUUUAAAAAAUAUAUUUUAUAAGAAAAAAACUAAAGAAAAAAACAGCACAUUACACAUUUGCCCCCUCAGAUUCAGCCUUUAUUUUGAUGUCUCAUUAUAUAGUUCACCACAAGGAGGCAAAGUUUGUAUGCACUCUGUUGUUGUUUCUGAGAAUAUUCUUGCAUUGUAAUUGACGUAUGAAGCAGAUAAUCGGCCAGAGUCUCCCUGCAACGCUUAUGGCGGGGAGUACUACUCCUACUCUAGCCUGUUCAUCACUUCCUUGGUAAUGAGUUACAUAAAUGUCAAAUGUCUUACAAUGUAAUGCCAGUUUCUCAGAACUUGGACCGUGUAUUUUACCGUAGCAUUCUAUCCCAGCCUUGAUUUGAAAUAUUGUUUAUUUUGUGUGUAUACUGUAACCGUGACAUUCCCAAGGACUGUCUGUUGACUGUUGGUUGGACUGAUAACACUGGAAAGUGCCUUAGCAACUGCCUGUUAUUGGCACGGUGUAGCAAGAAUAGCAUGCACGCCGUGCCAGACUGAAUAACUCACUGGAACACUGGUACAAAAUGUACUAGAAUAUCUUGCAGCGCACCAUGUAUCAAACUGUUGUUUUCUGUGCCUGCCUAAUAUCCUCUCUGACUCACACAUUGUCUAUGUGGCAGUGGUUUCAGUAUGGGAAGGGUCAAGUAUUGCAAUUAAAUUGUUUGGUAUUGUGGGGCUCAGUGCCUUUUUUGGGUUUGUAUACUUAGAAAAAAAACUGAGAUAUAGGACAGAGGAUUCAAAUUAUGAAGUUAACAUUUGGCUAGCCUAUUGUCCUCUUUCGUAUAAUGUUAACACAAGAUGUUGAGAGACUAUAUUGAUUUGUGUAGUACCGUAGAUAUUCAAUAUAUCACAAUUAGCAAACUGACCUACAAUUCUAAUCACGCAAACAGGCCUGUCAGAAUCACUCUUUGGUGAUUUGAAUUUACUUCAUAAUACAGUCAGCUCAUUGAAAGUAGAUUGUUUUUUUUUUUUUUUUUUUACAAAAUUGAACUACCAUCCCCCAAAAUAGGGGACGUGGAUUCAAAAUUAUGUUUUGUACAUGCUUGCUCCAUGUUUGCAGGCAAGCACCACAACAAUGUUACUAUACAAUGUCAAAAUAGAUACUAAAUAUUGGAAACUGUUGCUUAGAAGUGAGAAAUUCCAAAUUAAACGUCCAUCUUCAUUCAUUUAGGAAUACAGUAAAAUAUGCAUUUACUGUAUUAGCCAAAGCAUGUGCAUUUACUUAAAAAGUGCAUUUAUUUAAAACGCGUGGCCUUCGAGCACUUGCUUUUUCAACUGAUUUUUUUGGAGAGUUGCCUUUGUAGCAUCUCAGUUAACUGAUGGUGAACUUGGACCCGCUUAGACUGUGUUUGCUAGAUUAUUUGUGGUCAACUCCACCUACUCAGGAGAGGACUCAUAAUCCUAUGCCCUUUGAUUACUCAGGACUCACAUUAGCCAUGCAAAUGCCUGGAGCUGCAGUCAAUCACUGUGGAUAUGCUAUACAGUAUGUGACAGCACCCUUAUAUGUGGCUGGAACUGAAGUUAUGGUUUGAAUGAGCUGUUUUGGGGAUAAAUACAAAAUUAAAUAAAACUUUUGCGUAAAAAAAUAUAUAUUUGAAGGAUUCCAGUUAAAAACUAUGGUUUUGAUUGUAUCGGGAUUUUUAAAAAAGGAUUUAUUUAGUCUCACCACUGUGGCCACAUAGACAAUAGUGAGUGUUUGAAUUAAGACCAUAAGUGCUGGCUUUCACAAGUCUGCGAGAAAAAAAAAGAGGAUAUCCUAACUGGACCGUUUUAAAUUGUAGACUUACAGUUUCACUGGAAUGCUAAAUCACUGGAUCAUAAUGAGGUAUCUUACUCAUUAAAAUAACUGGAACUCCUGUUGCCACUGCCUUGUGUAGAUACACUGGAGCGUGUGCUAAUGUGAUAACUGGAUCGCUCUAGUCUGACACUGAUAUGCCGAAAAAACCUGAGGUCGCUGGUAAUGUUUGCGCUAUAAUUUGAACAUCAUUUGAAUUCAAUGUGAGUCACAUUCCCCAAUCCCUUGAUCGUUUUCCAGUUCAAGAGCUUCUAAUGACUAGUUACUGUCCAGCUCUGAACCCAGGAAUGGUGGGGUUUUGACACUGGAGCUACCCUUGGACCCAGCACAGUGGACACCAGCCAGCUGGAGGAGAACUCCAGUCUCAGCCAGUCUGGCUCAACUGACCACUGGACACUGUUACCACUCUCAUGCAGUCUCAGUUUCUCUCUCAUCCCUGCAUAUCCUUACACUGUUAUCUUACAAUGAUGAGUUUCCUUUUUUUUAUAGUUUGGGUUGCUUUGAUAUUUCAUAAUUACUCUGCAUUACUUUGACCAUUUUUUUUUUGUUGAUUUAACUUGUGUUCUGGGUACAUGUCCCGGUGUGUGGGAUGUGGGAUUCAGGUGAUGAAGUAUGUCCGAAAUAGAGUUUGAGACCCGAUUCUCUCAUACAUCAGUGGAUUUCAGCUCGUUGAGGAAUGGACUCGGUUGAGAUGAUUGUCACCACUGGAAAGUAAUGGACUCUACUGGACUCAGUAAACAGAACUGUGAUCUGAUGCAUGACUGGAACCCUGAUAGGCAGCGCUCUACAUCUCAUUACCUGCAUGACUGAGAAAAAAAUGGUAAAGAAAAGAGUGUGGUUAACUGUCUAUAUUACUUAUAAUUUCAUCUCUCUCUAUCCUUCUCUCUCUUUAUUUUUUCUCAGAUGUAGCUUGCUUUGCUACCUCUGGUUCCAUCUUUCAUACAACCAUAUUUCACUCCUUUGUCCUUUGUAUUCCUCACUAAUCAUCCAUAUCUUGUUAUCCUCCAUUUCAGAAAAAAAGCCUGUCUUCAUUCCUCUGUGUUUUACGAUACAGUAUGUCAGCCAUAAUUAUUACUAAUGUUUUUAUUGUUACUACUGUCAUUGUUGAAAUGUCGCUGACACCUUCCGCUGGUGUAACUUCCCAAGACCAACGUGACAGAAAUUUACAAAGAUACAGUGUUGCCACAAGCCUUUAAUCUGAAUGCAACUGGAAGAUGUCCAGUGUAUUCAUCAACAGAAGGUUCCUGGCAGAGAUCAGAAUGAGAAGGCUUUAUGUUAUAGAUGAAUCUUGCGAGCUUAAGUAUCAGAAAGCAAGAAUUUGACCAAGGAAAGCCCUACAUACAGAUGGGUUUGCCACAGUCUGAAAUGGCCCACAAAGCAAAGCCCUAGUCAAUAGUUUUUAAUGAGUAUAUUCUAAAUUUUGGCCCUAUGUUGACGUAGCAUUGUGGAUAUUUUUCUGUUAUUUUGUGAAUAAAUUAGAAGGAUAAUCCUCAGAGAAUGAAAACGAUUAAAUAAAUGCAGGAAAAAUGCAUAUUUACUGAUUUAUUAACUCUGUAACAAAUUCAAACACUAAACUGAUUUAUUAUAUUUCAAAGUGAAUUGAAUAUACUGUGUCCAGUGUUCUACAGUAUUGUAUACAAUUUUAUUGUAACUCAAACAGUAGACCACAUAAGAAUCUUUAAUUGUUUCAUUCUCAGAGUGGGUGUUAAUGUGGAAAUUAAUUAUUCUUUACUUUAAAUGUGAUUAUUUGCAUUUGUAGGUAUGUCUUUUACUCUCCUAUCACCACAUGUAAAGAACUUCUAAAGGAAGGUACAUUUUUGACUAGGUCUGCAUGUUACAUUACAAUGCAUUUCAAUCACUGCAAAGUUUAGUGCACUCGAAGUGAAAUUUCUAUACAAAAAAUCCUACUUUAACCUUGUGUUAAAAUUUUUUUCCUAAAAAAGAAUUGUAGUAAAGAUAAUUAAAAAGACCAAAAACAGUAUGUACUAAAUAUAUGUUUUUAAACAAUGAUUUUUGAAAAGUAACCAAUUAUUUUGUGUGGUAAACACUUGUUUUAUUGAAAAACAUGCCUGUUGUCUUAUUAAAUGUAACACAGCACUUCAAGCUUUUGUAAAUACAAAAAGCACUUACUCGUACCAAGAACAUGAACUGGUCUUAUAUGCUCUCGUUGAAAUGGCCUAAUUUGUAUUGUACUGCUUCAUUUUACAGUAAUCACGUGUCUUAUUGUUUUACUCAUCUUAUUUUACUGUUGUCAUUGUUAUUUUCAGUGGUAUGACUCUGUAACCAUAUAUUAGGCUUCACACUCUACAAAUCAAAAGGAUGACUCAGUUUAAUUCCGACAUUAGUGCAUUUAAACUGAAUAGUAAAUGUGUUUUAAUGAACUGUCCUGAGACAGUUUUUAUCGGCAUUCAAAAGAACAUGUUCAGCCAUACUGCAAGCACGGUUACGGCGUCAACCUUCUGAGGAUGAAAAUAUUUAAUGUACAGCUUUCUUUGUCACUCCAUGUUGCCCACUGCUUCUCUCCUUCGUUCUCCUGCCCUUCCCUUUUCCCUUCCGUGACCCCUGGAGCACUGGCAUGUCCUUUGUUUGUAAUACAAGUUUGUUACUUCGUCUAAAAGCACUACAGUGUUUGUGAUCUCUUUCUCAUGUAGUAGGUAUGUACUUUCCGUGUGGUGUCAAAGGGUACAGGGCUGUAUGUGUGUGUGUGUGUGUGUGUGCGUGUGCAUAUGCGCAUGCGUGUGCGUGAGUGAGCUAAACUGAUAGCUCUUCCAAGGGCAAUGUAUUAGGCACAAAAUCACAGCCUGUCCUAUAAGCCAUAUUGUGUCACACCCUCAGCAUGCCUUUAAAGUUUGAGAAAUAAACAUUGCUUGUUUUUAAAUAAUCUGUGCCCUGUACAACCUAACAUGGCCAUAAAUGAGAUUAAACAUAAAUUGUCCAA